AUAUUUUACCUUUUAUUUGAGAUGACAUUCAACAGUAUAAGAACAGUUUAUUACAAAUUUAAAAAAUACUAUAUAAUGAAACCUCUAAUAAAAAAUCAUACAUACAAAUAAACAUGCAAGAUACAUACCAUACAUUUCUCAUACAAACAAUACUUUAUUGUUUCAGAUAUCUUAAAGUUUUAAUUCUGUAUUACAUUCUACAAUGGUAUAAGUAAACCCAAUAUUCCAAAGAUGUGAACAGAUCAAAAUGGUUUUCUUUGUUCAAAAGUGUUGUAGAGAUCAGAAAGUCUUAAGACGUUCAAAUUUUUGUUGAUAAAACAUUAAAAAUUGAACUGUAAACAUACGCUUUUUAGUAUAUUAUACUCAAUAUUCAAACAAUAACUGAAUGGGCAUAAGCUUAUAUGAGACCUAUAUGACGGAACAUAAAUGUUCAUAAGCUUUCACAUAGCGCCAUUGUCAGUAAAGUUUAACAUUGAAUAUUAUAAAUUGUUGAAUAGUUAACACUGAAAGGGUGAAAUUUUUUCAGAGAACUAUGCUUUCCAUCAAGAUACCACAUUUGGAAGUUUCUGAGGAAAUAUUCUCCUACCAUCGUUUAGAACAUACUUUCUGACAGUUAGCAAAAAGAUCUGAAUAUUUUUAAACGACAUAGCUUUUAGAACCAAAAUAUCAGAACAUAGAAGUGUAAACAUAGUAAAUAAAGCGGGGGUAGUUUUCCCUGUGAACAUAGUAAAUAUUUUUAUAAAAUGAAAAAUAACUUACUACAAAGUGAGAACUAAUGAAUUAUAAUUCUUUAUAAAAGAAAAAUAUCCCACAUUCAUUAGCAUUUUUUGAAAUUAAGCCUGAAAAAAUGCUGAUUAAAACAUCAGAAUAAAUGCUCCAGUUGACAAAGAUGAGAAAAAGAAUCUUGUGAAAUUGUGAAAAAGAAAUUAAGAACUGUUGAAUCAUCAAAUACAUCAAAUUGCUCUUUAAAAUUCCAAUACAUUAUACAUCGAUUAUUAUAAAGGCAUUACAAAACUGUAAAAAACAUUCUAGAGAUGUGGUAUUUAGUUUGAAUAUGAAAUAAAGAAUCAUACAUUAUUCAUAAACAGACUGACAGGCUUGUAACCUUUCAAUUAUUAACUGGACAUAUACUUACUUUAAUACAUCUAUUACAUUUAGUUCAUAUGGAACAAAAACUGAUGUUUACUGUUUAAUGCGAUUACAGAAACUACAAAACAUUUCAAUGAAAUGUGUCAAUCAGAAUAAGAAGCUGAAAGGUUACGCCAUACAAAUGUACACGAUUCUUUAUUAUAUCAAUUUGCAACAUUAGUAUCAUUUUAUUAAAAAAUUAAUCAUAUGAUUUUAAUAAACAUUUAUAAAUUGCACUCAUCUCUAUACAUGAUUUUAAAAUAUAUUUUGUAUAACCCAGGUAUAUUCCACAUCACACGGUAUGAUUAAUAUUAUAACAUUACAGCACUCAAUUUGUAUGUAUAUAAUAAAUCAAAAAAUCUGAAUUGAUGAUAUACAUAAAAUAUGGCACAAUUAAGACAAUUCAGGUUCAGAAAAUUUUUUAUAGCAUCUUAACUUUACCAGAAAAUAAAAAUAAUAAGACAGAUCUAUAAAUGGUUCUCAGCGUUUUUAAAAAUGAGUUUGUUUGAACAAAAAAAUUACUAAUACACACAACGCGAAUUGAUUAUUACCCAUUAUAAUUAUUUUUUAUAAAUUGCAAUCAAUAAAGCAAUAAAUUAUUAAUGUGACCAAAAUUGAAUUGUAAAAAUGCUGGUUUCCAUUAGUAAACAAUAAUUACAGUAGGCGCAAGCUAGGAAGAACCUGCGCAGAACUGGUCUUCGUACCGCUUCAGCCGAACGGUGUCGACGCGUCAUUUGUUAAGAAAUGCAUACUAUACUUUGUCUCAAAGUGACUAGUCUGUGCAUGGUAAGAUAUGCAAUGCUAACCUUAUGGGAAGUUCACCAAGACGUUGCCAGUAUUUAUGCAGUGAGCGAUGCCGUUCUCUAUUGUCUAUCUUUCAAAAUAAACGGAAUAAACCGAGUUUUCAACAAGUCCUCCUUCACCAAGUUUCUAAUAGUAACUUAUCAACUUUUAUCUUUUAUGUGCAUUAAAUAAACAUUUUUUUUAAGUGGAAAUUGAAAUGUCAAUAAACGUAUUUUUACUUUUUCAAAGUUACUUGAAAAACAAAGAGUUUACUUUUAAGUUUUUCAAAUACCUUCUUCUAAGUUAUUCUGUAAUUAAGAAGCAAUUGGAGAGUAAUUCUUGUACAGAAUAUGUUUAAAAGCUUGAUACAUCCAGGGCCUUAAUUAGUCUUUAUUUGUUCUUCGGAGCGCGUAAACAUAUGCGAGUUACGAUUAUUUGUACCAUCUUGGAUGUACUGUUACUGUUUUGUUAUUGUUAUUUUCUGUUGUUGGCUAUUGUUAUAUUUGACGCCGAAUUUUUACCUCAAAAUUGAGGAAAUUGUUCAAUGAAAACGUGGAAAAGCUCUGAAACUUUCAGAGAAGUAGAUACUAAUGAAUAUUAUUAAUUAUCAUCUUAAUCAGGAUAACAACGAUUCUCAAUGUAUCAAGUGUAAUUAGGAAAGUAUCAGAAAUGAGUAGUAUUUGCGAAAAGACUCUGUUUCGCAUAUGACAGGAAUAUUCAUCACCUGCUGGAUUAAAAUCUCCAAAGAGCAAAUAAAUAAAAGGCAUUUCUUAAUUUCUAUUUUAUUUUAAUUUAACCCAAGUAUGUUGUAGCAAAUAUUAUUAAUGUUCGAGAACCACUGACAGAAGGAAGCCAGGCAGGGUCGUUAGUGGGCAUUAGUACUCAAGCUACCUUCAAAAGAUAGAUUAGGCUAAGUAGUAGGAAGUGACGUUUAUUUUAAUACAAGUUUGCAAAGAAGUAUUUCAUCGAUGUUGUGCAUUUACACUGUACAGACAAGUCACUUUGAGACAAUCUAUAAAUACGCGAGGCGUUGAUUCUCCCUAGCUGGGCAUUACUUUGUUUUGAUGAUUUUCUGGUAAAAUUUUAUGUAAUAAAGUCUUGAAAUCUUAAUAAUUUAUAAUACAUAUUUUUUGAUAAAUGAAAUGACAUUAUUAUGCCAUUGCGUAAAUAUAAACUCUUCAUCUAGAAUGCUUUUUUUAUAAACAAAUAAGCAAAUAAAAUACCAGGUAAAUAAUCUGCAGCGUGUAUAACCCCGCACAAAACCCGAAGAUUGCUAUUUAGUUUGGACUUGUUACAUUGGACAUCCAGCUCCAAUAAAAAAUUAUAUCGAAUUAAGGUACCAUCAAGAGUUACUAACAGUACCAAACAGUAAAUGGCAACUUCCUCUAUAUAUUGACUUGAUUAUUAGUACAGAUCACUAGAAUAUAUAGACUUCAGCUUAGACACUUACAGCAUCGACAAAAAAACGCGUCACGAAAGUACUGUUGGUCCUACAAAUAUUUUUAUGUAGUUACUGUACAAAUACUGAUAUUAGAAGGUAAUCGGUGUACCUAUUUCGAGCGAGAUGCUCAAAGAAUUCUUCACAUUUUUUGCUCAAAUUUACAAAUGCGAAAUCACCUAACACCAAAACGACUACUUGCUUUUUUAAUCAUUUGAAAUUUUAUUGUACAAACUUUUAGCAGUUUCCGUUGAACACUAAACAUGAUCAAAAAGUUAUAAUUUGGUCAUACAGUUAUUGUGAAAAAAGUCCAUUGCAUUUUAUAGCUCAAGGAAGCACAAAAAUCCUCAAUGUCAAAAUCAAACACUGAAAUCAAAGUGGUUUAGAGAAAUCAAAUAAACUAGCAAGAGUGGUCGCAUAUUCAUUGAAUAUGAUGGAAGUGACACAAUGUGAGAUUUGAAAUAACGUUGGCCUCGAUUAUGGGAAUAAGAACGAUGAGAUCAUUAAACACUAUUAAAUAGAAAACAAAAAUAGCACACUUAAAAAUAGUGGGUGCCAAUGCCAUAUUAAACCUUUCGUUCAUGGUGCAUUACUUUACUGAUAUCAAAAUGACGUGACCAGAUGCUUCUAUCCGAUUUAUUCACAAUGCACAUUAUAAUGUGUACAUAUUAGUUUUAAUUUCAAACAGUUGCUUCCAUCUAGCGUUGAUUAGUUUAAAGUAAAAAAAAUGAAAUCUAAUGAAGUAGGUUGCUGUGACGGUUACUUCAGUGUAUGGAUGUAAGGUGGCUUUUAAUAAUUUACAGAUUGGUUGUAAAUGUCAGAUAUAUUUUUGUUGGUGACUAGAAACACUUGUAUUUGCUGCAUUUAUGGUCCACUUUCCGAAGUUUUUUGUUUUUACUAUAUUUGAGUAAACUUUAGUGUAAAGUAUACAAAACCAGACAUUAUUUACAGUUGUUUAUACUUCAUUUAUUUUACAGUAUUAAAAUACAUAUAAAAAUGAGUAAAAGAAACCUGUUAAAUGAAAAACGACUGAUAGAGCUAAUUGAGGCUGGCCUAUCAGAUAUUGACGAGCUUACUGAGGAUGGCAAUGACGAUUAUUGUUGGGGGGAUAGGGAGGAAGAAGUUAGCAGUGAUGAUGAUAAUGAGUUGAAGGAAAACAGUACAGACAACGGGGAAGUUAUUCGUUCUGCUGUUGAUGGCAAGGGAGAGGGAAGAAGUUUAGAGCAUACAGAAGGUAUUUGUGAUUUUUAACGGUUAUGAAAUAAAUUGUUAUUUUUUUAGGCGAAUUAGUUGAAAAUCAGGAAACACCACCUCAUUUUAAAGAUACUGGAACAACUACUUCGGAAUGUGAACGAAGAGUAGAAUCAAGUAAGACAAUUAUGGAUAGAUUCUUGACAAACAAUGAUUUGAGUAAAAAGAAAGAUAUUAUUUGGCGCAAAAUUUACCGCCAUGAAACACCAAAGUACAUCAAUUGGCAUACUCAACAGCAAGAUGAUAUCAUAGAGCUUGAAAGUGCAUAUUUUUAUUUUAGACAAUAUUUUACAGAUGAUUUAUUUGAAAUAAUGGUAGAAAAUACAAACUUGUUCAGAAUAUGAAAAAGUUUGCUCCAACAAAUGUAGGCGAACUGAAAAAAUUUGUUGUAAUGAUGGAGAAUUUACAUUAUCCACGAAUAAAAUUUUAUUGGAGCCCACAAUUACAAGAAUCACAAGUAUUGAUAUCGCCUGUUCUAAUGCCUGGCUGGAAUACCGGCAAAAGGCGAUUGCUUUAGGUAUUCCGGACAAGAAAAUAUUUGAUUUAAUUCAUUUUAGGGCAUACAUCGCUGAAGUUUUGAUAAAAUAAGACAAAGUAUCCCCAGAAAACGGGGAUGUCCUUUGGAUACAAGAGAAUUGACGUCAUCUCAGUCACAGAAAAAACAAAAAACAGAAACUAGACCAGCAGCAGAAGUAAGGCUGGAUGGAUUUUGUCAUUAUCCUUUUCUUCUAGGUGCAAAUUCCCUAAAUGUGGUUCUAGAACUAAUUUCGUGUGUAAAAAGUGUAAUAUACACUUAUGUAUUUCAAAAAAACAAAAUUGUUUUAUGCUAUAUUUUACAAAUAAAUAAUUAGUUGCAGAUAUAUGAUUUUUAAUUGUAUUUUGUUUUCCAAAGUUGCAAGAGUUACUACAAUUUACUCACAAUGUGCAAUAUAUUGUACAGGUCAUAUACACCGUUUGUUCACAAUGUACAAUAUACUGUACAAUUCACAUCCCUUAAAAGGUGUAACAGGGAUUUUGAGAAGGCCAAAAAUUAAAAAAUAAUUAAAAGAAUAUGCCCACCAAAUUUCAAAUUAUCAUAAAAAACAAAAAUUUAUGAGCGAAAGGGUUAACCUCACACCUAAAGUUAGGUUAGAAGAUUAUAUGUCACUCAUUAUGAUUUAUGUAUGGAAUAUCGAAAAAGGAGAAGUAUUCUUGUAUACUCAAUAUAAAAUGCUAAACAUUGUAAACUGGCCAACUACUAUGAGACAACUUAGGUUUAGAAUUUUCCAACAGUAGAUUGUUUAAAAACUAAAAAGAGUACAUUUGAAUUAUCUUCAUGCCUGCUUGAUAUAUUGUAUUAUAUUUGUCAACUGUCAAUUUUUAUUCUACUUCAAAUAUAAAUUCUAUUCUAAUUACAAUCGAAAAAUGUUAAGUUAUGUUUUUACAGUGACAAUCUCGUUACUCAUUACAGAACUCCACUUUGCAAAGUUCCAUUAGAAGUUUAAAAUAUCUUACAAUAUUUUGCUGUUUAUUACGGAUGACAGUUAAACAUUAAAGAAUAGUUAAAUUUCACUUGUCAUCUGUCAUUUUAUUAUGUUUUGACAGUGUCGACGUUAUUUUUCAUUGCAGAAUCUCACUUUGCAAAAAGUUCUAUUAACUUAUAAGGAAGAUUUCAACUGAAAUUUAAUAAAAAAAAGAACAACUUAAAUUACUGGUUUUUAUUAAAUUACAUGCGAGUAAUAAUUACAAUGGUAUCCAGUGACUAGAACAUAACUUUUAAUUAAACUACUCUUUUUAGUUUUUAAACCCAGUAUAAUACUUCAAAGCAGUGUACUUGGAGGAAAAAUAUCAUGAACAAUAAGGGUAAGUUGGCUAACAAUAACCAUUUUUUGUUAUUCCUUUUUUCUAAUCUACAAUGGAUGAUCUCAAUUAAUUUGUUGAUCGAAUUAUAACUUUUCUUUCAUUAACUUUUAUAGCCAUUAAUUAACUACUGUAUUUAACGAGAAUAGCCUACCAUUUUAAUAAAAAAAUAAAAUUUCGAUUUCUGUCUCGGCAGUCGCUUUCUUCAACGAUUUCAGAGGUAGAAAUCGAAACGUCAAAUAGAACAUGUUUGAUUAAAUUUGUGGUUCGUUGAAACAGUAGUUAAUGUAGAAAUGCCAUAAGAAAAUAGUUUCAGAAGUAUAUUAGGUCAGUAAUAUGAACUUUUCAAACUACAAAAUUAAUUCAAAAACAAUUUAAGCAAUUUUAGCGGUAUAAAAGGUGUAGUAAAUAAAUUUAUAGCAAGUAUUAA